UUCCUCACACAAAACAUCACCAUCACUACCACCUUUGCUUCCACUUUACACAAAACCAAACCCCCCCUCUCUUCUCUUACACCUCACAAAACACUUUUCAAUUCGCAGGGGAUCGGCAUCGUAAUUAAAACUUCCAAACGCAACACCACCGAUGCCGAACCCCGAACCAAAUCCUCACCGGUCCAAAAACAAACCCUCCACGUCAUCAUCUAGACCACCACCGGUUCGACCCCCGGUUCGUUCUCGAGUUCCGUUGAAACAGUUACUCCGUGUAGCAUCCGUAGCAAGCGGUAUUCAAUUCGGUUGGGCUUUACAGCUUUCACUAUUAACACCCUACGUUCAGCAAUUAGGAAUCCCUCAUCAAUGGGCCAGUAUUAUCUGGCUUUGCGGCCCAGUUUCCGGCCUGUUUGUUCAGCCUUUAGUCGGUCUUUUAAGUGACCGUUGCCAAAGCCGAUUCGGUCGACGGAGACCGUUUAUAUUAGUCGGCGCUGCUUCGAUUGUCGUCGCCGUUGUUAUAAUCGGUUACGCCGCUGAUAUUGGUGGUUUACUUGGUGAUGAUAUUACAGGGAGUUAUCGUCCGUUUGCUAUAAUUGUUUUUGUCAUAGGGUUUUGGAUUCUUGAUGUUGCUAAUAAUGUUACUCAAGGUCCUUGUAGAGCUUUACUCGCUGAUCUCACUUGCAAUGAUGCUCGGAGGACACGUGUUGCAAAUGCUUACUUCUCCCUGUUUAUGGCCAUUGGUAACAUUCUUGGCUAUGCAACUGGGGCAUACAGUGGUUGGUACAAGAUUUUUACUUUCACACUUACCCCUGCAUGCUCUAUUAGUUGUGCAAAUCUCAAGUCUGCUUUCUUUCUCGACGUUGCUUUCAUUGCGGUCACAACAUAUCUCAGCCUUGUGUCUGCUCAUGAAGUGCCUCUAAGUUCAAGUGGGGCAGUGCAUGCCGGAGAAGGGACAGGUAGUGCGGAAGAAGCUUUCAUGUGGGAAUUGUUUGGGACAUUUAAAUAUUUUUCAUUCCCUAUAUGGAUUGUACUGUCUGUAACUGCUCUGACAUGGAUUGGGUGGUUCCCGUUUAUUCUCUUUGAUACUGAUUGGAUGGGUCGAGAAAUUUAUGGUGGUGAUCCAAAUGGAGGCCUUAUUUAUGAUACUGGAGUUAGAAUGGGAGCACUUGGUUUGUUGCUUAAUUCAGUUGUUCUUGGAGUAACAUCAUUGCUUAUGGAAAGGCUAUGCAGGAAGCGGGGGGCUGGUUUUGUGUGGGGAAUCUCAAAUAUCUUGAUGACUAUUUGCUUUCUUGCAAUGUUAGUGUUAACCUAUGUGGCAAAUAGCAUUGGCUAUGUAGGUAAAGGUCUACCACCACCAACAGGCAUUGUGGUCGCAGCGAUAGCAAUCUUUACCAUUCUUGGCUUUCCACUGGCAAUAACUUACAGUGUUCCAUAUGCCUUGAUUUCAACGCAUAUCGAACCAUUGGGACUUGGCCAAGGGUUAUCAAUGGGUGUCCUGAAUCUGGCAAUAGUGGUUCCACAGAUUGUGGUGUCCUUGGGAAGUGGACCGUGGGAUCAGAUUUUUGGUGGAGGAAAUUCUCCAGCCUUUGCCGUGGCAGCUGUUGCAGCCCUUAUGAGUGGGCUCUUAGCUUUAUUAGCUAUUCCACGAACUGGGACCCAAAAGCCUCGAAGCCGUGUAUGAGGUAUCAUAUGCUGUUUUCUUUUGGCACUUAUUUCUUUCGAAGAUGGAUGGUGAACAUGAACAGGUAGCAAGAAUUUGUAAAUAGUUAUUGUUUUUGUAGCCUUUUUCUUGAGUCUUCCUCUCCUCAAGAUUCCAACCUCCCACCCAAUUUAUAAUGAAUAAAUGAAACAUUGGCUGUGUUUUUAUCUUGUUGGUCAUUAUUAAAACCAAUGACCUGAUUUUUGAGUGUUACUAUUUUCUGAAGAAGGUUUCAGGAACAAAUUUUGUUGAGAUCCCAAUGAGUUGAGUUGUCUAUUUUUUUAAAAAUAUUGAGGUUGGUUGGCUAUGUAAAACUAUGAGGGACAUUUACUGGUUGUAAGGAAAGGGGAAUAAUACUCUUGAUGUCUAAUUAACAAUGUAAAACAAGAAUUUCAUAUAUAACUGCUAUUCCCAAAUAUCUUGGAAUUUCGUGUUAUCAAAAAAGUUGUCACCAAAUACUGAUUGUCAUUAUGCGCAAUUAAUGGAGACCUUCGUCAUUGUAAACCAUUCUUGCCUGUGUCAGAUGUUUCUAUUAAGGCUAGAUGUCGCGGGAAUGUAUGUUGUGGAGCAUCUUCCAUAUGUUCCAAAUGGCAACAUCUUUUCCCACCAAGAUGAGUUACUGCUGAAUUGUUAUUUAUUUAUUUCGACGCAAUGCUGAUUGUGCAUUAGUGUUCCAAUCACGGUGGUUUGGAAUCUCAUUCAUUUGUGUGAUGUGCUUGUAUUUGUGGGAUGAAUUGUAUAGUGGCACAACAGUGGCUGUGAUUUUAGCUGAUGUAAACGUUGAUUGUGACUUUGUUCUACUGCUUCAUUCUCCUUAUUUUGUACAAGUAUUUUCCUUGUGUUAAUAAAAUCAAAUCUUGAACGAUAGGUUUGGUA